AUGGAAACAUUAGCUGAACUUAACUUGGAGGUAGUUAAUACGGGAAAAAAGCCUACUUUUAGUGCAUACAGAAGAGACACCCUCUGCUCCAGCAUUAUAGACAUUACCGCCUGUACAACAUCACUAUUGCAUAAGAUUGAGAAUUGGAGAGUUGACGAUUCCUUUUGUACUUUAUCUAAUCAUAAGCCAAUUCUUUUCAAAUUUAGUACGACAACUUCAUUUAUUGAGUCAAAAAUCAACAGCACCAGGAAAUACAAUACAAGGAAAGCAAACUGGAGCCAUUUCAACGUUGAACUCAAGAGGGCACUAGACAACAACGGCCUAACCAAAGAAAGAAUAGGAGUUAUUAGGACGACACAGGAGAUUGAUGAAUUCGUAAAAACAUAUACAGAAUGCAUAACAAAUGCAUGCGAUGAGACGAUUCCGAAAAUAGAACGAAAACAGUUACCAAAAGCCGCUAAAUGGUGGAACACCGAAAUUAAAGAAAAAAAGGAGAUCAUGAUCAGAUUACGAAGAAGAAUAAGGAAUGCACACCCUACAAGAAAGAACUGGGUCAUAGAACAAUAUCUCGAAGCACGUAAACAAUAUAAGGAAAGUAUAGAAGACGCCACAACCAAAAGCUGGAAAGAACUAUGCACGAACGAGCAGAAAGAAAACGUGUGGCAACGCACAUAUCGGAUAUUGAAGGUCUGUUCUAAUGUGGAGGGAGACAAACUGCUCAAAGACCAAAAUGGGACAAUCCUUUCAGAAAAAGGGUCAGCAACACUUCUAGCUGAAACCUUUUACCCCAAAGAUAAUCCAAACACCGAUACUAAGGAACAGGAUGACAUAAGAACAAAAACAAAUGAACUUAUAGCACAACUCGAAAACAAAGCAUUAGAAGUUAAGACACCAUUCGCUAGAACUGAAGUAGAUCAAAUACUAAGCAACAUGAGCCCUAAAAAAGCCCCGGGAGGAGAUGCAAAUGCCAACAGUAUCUGGUGGGGAUGCGUUGCAGAUGACAAAAGAGGAACCUGUAUAACUGAGACAUUGGCUGAACUAAACCUGGAAAUACUAAAUAUAGGUACGACUCCAACGUUUAGUGCUUAUAGAAUGGGCAUACUUUGUUCUAGCAUUAUCGAUAUCACUGCUUGUUCAGCUUCCCUACUACAAAAAAUUAAAAACUGGAGAGUAGACGACACAUUCUGCACGUUAUCUAAUCAUAAGCCUAUCCUGUACCAGAUGGAACUCGAGAAUAUAAAACUAGACAAAGUAAUCAGCGUUACAAGAAAAUAUCACACAAAAAAAGUAAAUUGGGUGCACUUCAAAACAGAACUGACUAAAGAAUUAGAAGAAAUAGGUAUCAAUAGAGAUAAAAUCACAGUAAUAAACACAGAGCAAGAACUGGACAACUUAGUUGAUGACUACAUGCAGGCUAUAAUAUCUACAAGCGAUAAAAUAAUCCCGCAUCUAAGGGAAAAAAGAAUUGAGGAGUACACAAGGAAUAUAGAAAGAGCUUCUACAAAGAGCUGGAAGGAAUUGUGUACCAAGGAAGAAAAAGAAACUAUCUGGCAACGAACGUAUCGCAUCUUAAAAGUCUGCACGAACAGGGAGGAAGACAAACUACUGAGGGACCAAAAUGGGGAACUCUUAUCGACAAAAGAAUCAGCAGUUCUUCUAGCUAAAACAUUUUACCCAGAUGAUAAUAGUAACACGGACACAGAAGAACAGACAGAAAUAAGGGAGAAAGUAAAAGAAUUUAUUACUCAGAUUAAUAACCAACAGAUUGACACCACGCAACCUGCUUUUAUUAUAAUGGCUCCUGGUUGUAACGAAUCACCUAUUUUGCCCGCGACUGCGGAAGAAGUCACAAGUAUUUCCAAGUACAACGAAGUGGUUAAUAAGUUAGCAACAUGCAUUGUAAGUGCAGUAAAUGAUGCUAAGAGUGUAACGGCCGCAAACAAACGACUGAUUACAAUUGCGGCAGAGGAAAUACGGAGGGCUAAUUUGGUCCUUACUAACAUUACUUCCACGAUUUCGAACCCUGCUGAGGAACUGAAAAAUGACAUAAUCACGAGUGUUAGAGAGGAGAUUAAUCAGUUAAAGAAAUCAAUCAACAAUACCGCCCAGAAUCGCUCAUCGUAUGCUGAAGUUGCGUCAUCGAACGUUCACCAAUCUACAACAAAAAACAAACAAACUGCAGCCCCACCUAUUACCAAGCCAGCGAUAAUUGUCACCCCCAAAACAAAAGUCCGAAAUAAACAGGAAGCAAUAAAUGUUUGGCGUAAAAGCAUAAGCAUAAGCGCUUCGAAAUAUGCACCGACUCGCGUCCAAGCUGUAUCUAACAAUAAAGUUCGCGUCGAGUUCGAUAGCGAACAGGAUCGAGACGAAACUUUGAAACGCCUUUCCGAUUCGAAGGAUGUGACUGCUGAACCGGCAAGAAAGUUUAGGCCCAUGAUCAUUCUUAAAGGAAUCUCUGUGGACACGGCAUCUGAGGAGCUACUCGAUAUCAUUAAAUUCCAGAAUGCUGACCUAACCGAACUUAUCACGCAACAAGACGACUUAAGACUAUGUUUUAAACGCAUGAAUAAAAACCCCAAUCUAUACAACGCGGUUUUCAGAGUUCAACCAAAUCUUUGGCGGAAAAUCAUUAACAUAGGAAGAUUAUCUAUAGACCACCAGCGUAUUCAUGUUGAAGAAUUCUCACCAUUUAUGCAGUGCCAUAAAUGUUAUCAAUUUGGACACACUAAAAAUAAAUGCACUGCAGAGAACACAGUUUGCGGAUAUUGUUCCGAAACCACUCACCAUAUUUUUAACUGUCCUCAUACAGCCAAUUGCGCGCACAGUGCACUAACUGCGUAG